UAUAGCGUCCUCCCCUGUGAAACCCUUACUGCCGCCAAAAGCCUAACAUAUCGAUGCUCUUCCGAUUUUCUUCCGUAACUCUGAGGAAUCUUCUCUAAUUGGCUGAGGAAGACAAAUCGCACAGAUCAGAGAAGCUUUUGAGAUCUUCUCUCAUUGGAAUCGAAGCAGGGGUAAUUAUUUUGCUACUUCACUCAUUGUUUAUUUGAUUUCUUAGUUCAGUUCAUACUACUUGGUUCAGUUCAUACCAUUGAUCUCUGUCGUCCAACAAUCAAAUUUAUGAGGGUAAAUGGACGGGUUUGGCUGUAAUUGUUACUCCGUAUGACUUAAUUUCAAAGCAUUGGGGGAAAGCGAGCAAGCCGCAGGGGACUAGCCGACUUGGGGAGUAGUGUGCGCUUCAACGUCGGUAAGGAGUUGAACGAGAAGGCUGCAGGUCGUAGGAGAGUGCUGCGGAAGGAAACGACUUAGGAGUUAGGAGGUUUUGUCUCUUCCUGCUGCUGCACUUAAAAGAGGCUUUUCAUCCCAUUUAUCUUCUUCUUUUGGGGUUCGAGAAACAAACGAAUCAGAUCUCCCUUCAAUCCAAAGGUUAACAAAAUACUCAUGAUAUGAACCGUGAUUGGGUGAAGUCUUCAAAUCGGAUCGCUCCGGCAUAUGUGGCUGGCAUCAAAGAAUUCAUAAAUGUUGCUAAACAGAGUUUAGAUCGUAAGGGAUUGACAACAUGUCCUUGCCGUAAUUGCCUUAAUUCAAGGAGUCAUUCUAUUGAUGUCAUCAGAGCACAUUUGAUAACUAAAGGAAUUGAUACGUCAUAUGUACGGUGGGUGUAUCACGGUGAAGAAGAAUCUGAUGAUGAAGGUGCGGGUAAUGAAGAGUUUGAAAAUGAUGAAUUUGAUGGGUUGAGAGCAGGGCUGCAUGAUGCAUUUGGUAAUCAAUAUUUUGAUAUUGGGGAUACCACUGAAUUUCUUACAAAUCAGCAACCCACAGCAGAAAAUUCUCAUUAUGAAAAACUAUAUGAAGCUCUGGAUACCCCGUUAUUUGUAGGAUGUCAUACAUCCUCUGUAUUGACAUUCGUGGUAAAAUUGAUGAAUAUAAAGGUGAUGAAUAAGUGGAGUGAUGGUUCCUUUGAAAUGUUGUUGAAGCUACUACGUGAAGUGCUCCCACCAAGCAAUAAUUGUCCACAAAGCUAUUACGAAACUAGGAAGCUACUUUGUGACGUGGGUUUAGGUUACGAACUUAUUGAUGUUUGCAAAUACGAUUGUGUGUUGUUCUAUGGUGAUCAUAAGAAUGAUGUCACAUGUCCUAUAUGUAAAUGUAAUCGAUAUGUUCGUAAUAAUAUUCCACAUAAGAGGUUGCGGUAUUUCCCGGUGGGACCUCGACUUAAACGUCUGUAUGCUUCGCGUCACACGGCAAGAGACAUGCGCUGGCAUAAAGAAGUGCGCAAGGAAGAGCCAGGAGUUCUGCGUCAUCCGGCUGAUGGGAAGGCUUGGAAGCACUUUGAUGAGUUAUAUUCGGAUUUUGUUGCAGACUCAAGAAAUGUUAGAAUGGGGUUGGCCUCUGAUGGGUUUAACCCAUUUAGUAAUAUGUAAACAUCACAUAGUUUGUGGCCAGUAAUUUUGAUGCCUUAUAAUAUGCCGCCUUGGAGUAUGAUGCAUAAAAGUAACUAUCUUUUAGCAUUAUUAAUUCUUGGUCCUAAGUCGCCUGGUAAGGAUUUUGAUGUGUUUCUAAGGCCUCUUGUAGAUGAACUUAAAAUUUUAUGGACAGAUGGGGUUGAAGCAUAUGAUGAGUAUUCUAAAUCAAAUUUUACUCUCCGGGCAGCAAUUCUAUGGACUGUAAGUGACUUCCCCGCUUAUGCUUACUUGUCUGGAUGGAGCACUAUGGGAAGAAUGGUGUGUCCUGUAUGCCUCAAGGACACCAGAUGGAAACGAAUUCGAGGAAAACAAUGCUAUACAGGGCAUCGAUGCUUUUUAAGUGAUACACAUAGCUGGAGAAAGAAUAGGGGAUUUGAUGGCAAGCCAGAGAGAAGAGGACCGCCUCGAGAAUUUUCUGGAGAUGACAUUUUACAACAGCUAAAGGAGGUUCAUAAUGCAACACCUGGAAAAGCUACGAACAAUAAAGAUAAGAAACGCAAACGUAGUGCUAAUGAAUUGAAUUGGGCCAAAAAGAGCAUCUUGUUUGAACUCCCUUAUUGGUCGAAAUUGUUGAUGCGCCAUAAUCUUGAUGUAAUGCAUAUAGAAAAGAAUGUAUGCGAUAAUAUUGUCGGGACCUUAUUGAAUGAUCCUCUAAAGUCAAAAGAUACUUUGAACGCACGUCUUGACUUGGAAGAUCAUAACAUUCGCAAGGAGUUGUGGUUGAGGGAACGAAAUGGUAAAUUUGAAAAACCACAUGCAAAAUAUACCUUGACUAAAGAUGAUUGUAAGGAGUUUUGCAAGUUUAUCAAGUCUGUUCGCCUUCCAGAUGGUUACGCUUCCAAUAUUAGUCGAUGUGUCACAGAUGCAAAUACACUUGGAGGAAUGAAAACUCAUGAUUGUCAUGUAUUGCUUCAAAAGAUAUUGCCAGUGGCGAUUCUUGCAUUCCUCGAUAGGAAAAUACGUAUCACACUAAUAGAGUUCUGUCAAUUCUUUCAAAAGUUAUGCGCAAAAACCUUAUAUGUUAGCGAACUUGAGGACAUGAAAAUUGGGAUUGUGAUCAUAUUGUGUAAACUUGAACAAAUUUUUCCGAUGUCCUUUUUUACAAUCAUGGUUCACCUGUGCGUGCAUUUACCAGAACAAGCAUUAUUGGGUGGUCCAGCUCCUCCUAGAUGGAUGUUUGGAAUUGAACGGCGCAUGGGUACUUAUAAGGGAUAUGUGCGUAAUUAUGCUCGGCCUGAUGGAUCUAUUGCUGAAGCUUACGUGGUCGAUGAGGCUAUUACAUUCUUAUCUCGAUAUUUAACUGAUAUUGAAACAAGAUUUACACGCCCAGAGCGCAAUUGGGACCUCUCUAGUGAAGACUAUAAGAUGGACGUGUUUAACCACAAAAUACGAACACUUGGAGCUCCUAAAUUUGGAAAUCUAGGAUUAGAUGGGAAUGUGGUGCAAUGGUACCUUCUUAACAAUUGUGGAAGUGAGCUCGAUGAUUACAUAAAAGAGCAUAAGGAACUUAUUUGCUUGACAAGCUCACGUGCACAAGAAUGGGACAAUAUUCACAAACGUGAAUUUCCUGCUUGGUUCAAGAAAAAGAUGGCUAUACUUAGAGUAAAUGGUGAUCCGGUAGCUAGUGAUGAUUUGUAUUCCUUAUCGCAAUUACCGGAUGAUCGUUACACAAUUUGGCAAAGUUGUAUAGUCAAUGGUGUUAGAUUUCGAUGCAAAGAACGUGAUGACAAGUUCAAGACACAAUGUAGUGGAGUAUGCACCGGAGAUGAUAAUUGUGAUACCAUUUAUUAUGGUGUAUUACUUGAAAUUUUAGAACUUGAUUUCAUCCUUGGAAGGAAGGUUUUCAUGUUCCGUUGCAAGUGGUAUAAUACUGAUCCAAAGGGGAGAACAAUGGUGGUUAAUUAUAAACUGACAUCUGUUGACACAUCAUCCCAGUGGUACACCGAAGAUCCAUUUAUUUUGGCCACACAAGCUCGACAAGUGUUUUAUUUAGACGAUAAAGCUUUGGGCAAGAAUUGGAUGGUUGUACAAAAAGUAAAUCAUCGUUGCAUAUAUGAUAUACCAGAGCAUGAUGCUAAUGUGGAUGCUAGUGAUGACAUAUUUCAAGAGGAAGAUGCUAGUUUCCCAUGGCUAGUUCUAAAAGAGGAGGAUAUCGUGCACAAGUUGGACGUAGUAGGAUUUCUGUUGAAGAUCAACAUGCUACUGAAGAGCUUCGAGCAGUUCAUUCCCUAAGAGACACUCAAGUUUCAACAAGAGGUGGGUGUAGGAGGAAUCCAAUAGGACAUAGAUCUGCAUCAGAAGAGUUUCAAACGGCUCAUUCUCUAGGAGAUGCUCGAGUUUCAACAAGAGGUGGACGUAGCUGUAAUCCAAUUGCACAUGAUUCUGCAAGAGAAGGGAUUCAAGCAGACCAAACUCAAAGCGGCACUCAAGUUUCAUCUGCCAAUAAUGAAUCCGCAGAACAAGGUUCAAAUGUGCGUGGAAUAACAUGCAGUAAAGGUGCCCGGAAAGCAAUGAGGAGUGCUAAAUCACGAUUGACGGUAAAGUUUGACUUUGACCUUAUGCAAGGAAUAUGUGACAACACAGAGGUUUUCAAUAAUGAAGUUGGAUAUAUCCUGCGUACGUAUUGCGACCUUAAGUACAAAGAAUGGAGGUUUGUACCUGAAGAAGAAAGAGCACCACUUCGUGACAAACUUCGAACAUUAUUUGAUGUUGAUUUGGCAGAUGCAAAUGUCAGAAAAGCUAUUGAUAAACAAAUGCAAAGAGCUUGGCAUAACUAUAGACGUACGUUACGUGAACAUUUUAAAACAGUUGGAGGUGCAGGUGAUCUGACGAAGGCAAAGGGUAAGCCUUAUGAGGGUGUUAGCGAAUCGGAUUGGGAAUAUCUAUGUAAUUGUUGGAGCGACCCUUCAUAUCUGCAAAAAGCUUUGAAGAAUGCUGAGUCAUGUAAGAAAAGAAAAUGGAUUUCUAGAAACGGAUCUAAAAGUACAGCACGCCAUCACAUUAGUCGUGGGGUUGAGUUAAAUGCUCAUGUUGGUCAUAUUGAGACGUGGCGUCUACGUCAUUGGCAUCCAGAACGUGGUUGGGUAUCUGUAGAAGCUGAAUCUAAAUAUGAAGAAAUGAUGGAAUUUAGAAGAGAAAAAUCACCUGAAGAUUUAACUGAUAAACAAAUAUUAGAGAAGGUGCUUGGACGAGAAUCUGUUCGUCUAUUUGGUUGGGGACGGUCUCCCACUGGGUCCAAAAGAAGCAAAGGUGAUUCAAAUAUUCCAACUUAUACUCAAUUGAUGGAUCGUGUUGGAGAACUUUCAGGCACUGUUGAAAUGAUGAAAAAGUUGUUGAUUGAGAAGAAUAUUAUGCCUCCCAUGUCACAUGUUCCUUCAGAUCAUUGUUCAGUACCGCUUAAUCGUGGGUCAUCCUCUAUUGAUCGAGGCCAGCAUGUUGACGGUUUUGAGGACUCCACUUCUGAAUAUGAUAAUAUUGUUUAGAAGCAAAAUUCAUAUUAGACUUAAUACUUUGUAGUGUGGCAGCAGCUAGUUAAUGUUUUAUUUUGUUUGGCAAUUUUUGAUUAGCUAAUACUUUGCUGAAAUUGAAUAUUUUAGUUUGAACUAUGACAUUUAUCGUUAUAAUAUAUUAUCCAUUCCCGUGUUCCUAUUAG